AUUUCCCUUUUUAUACGAACGAACAAGUUACACAUUCAUCUUGCUUUUCUCUAUCAGAUUUUCUCACAAACGCUUCAAGAUGGCUCGGCAGCUUCCUCUUACAUGUAGCGGCCACACCAGACCAGUUGUUAAUUUAUCUUUCUCCGACAAAACAUCCUAUGGAUAUUUUCUUAUAAGCGCUUGCAAAGAUGGCAAACCAAUGUUGCGGCAAGGCGAAACAGGGGAUUGGAUAGGGACAUUUGAGGGCCACAAAGGUGCGGUUUGGGAAGCCACUUUGAAUAAAGAUGCAAGCAAGGCUGCAACAGCUGGUGCUGAUUUUACUGCUAAAGUCUGGAAUGCAAUAUCUGGAGAGGAAUUAGUGACAUUUCAACACAAGCACAUUGUUAAAACAGUGGAUUUUUCCGAGGAUUCUAUGCAACUUUUGACAGGCAGCAAUGAGAAGGUUCUGAGGUUAUUUGACUUGAAUAACACUGGCUCAGAUCCACAGCUUUUAAUGGGUCACAAAGGCCAUAUAAAAUCAGCUGUUUUGGAUUCAAAUGGGCAGAAAAUUUUUAGUGGUGGAGAUGAUAAGAUAAUUCGGUUUUGGGAUGUACGUACAAUGACAGAAUUUAAGACAAUACAAACUGAUCAUCCAGUCUCAAGUAUGGAAAUACAUAGAGAUGGGACUGUAUUAAUAGUAACAUAUGGUAAAGAGGUGUCAUUCUGGGAUACUAGCAGUUGUGAGAAGAUAAAGUCAUUUGAAUGUCCAUGUGACAUUUACUCUGCUUCACUUCAUCCUGAUAAAUCUUGUUUUGUCGCUGGAGGAGAAGACUUUAGGUUAUUUAAAUUCGAUUAUGAAACAGGAAAAGAAUUAGAAUCGUACAAAGGUCAUUUCGGCCCAGUUCACUGCGUUCGUUUCUCACCGGAUGGAGAGCUAUAUGCCUCUGGUUCAGAGGAUGGAACAUUAAGACUCUGGCAAAACACCGUAGGAAAAACGUACGGUUUGUGGAAAUCUCUAAACGGAGACGACGGUAAUACUACUGAGAAUGGCAAAGUUUGAUUCUGGUAUAGGAUGAAAACACUUGAGUCAUUUUCGUAACAAAUGCGAGGCAGGAUCACGCGACUGAUGAUGAUGCUCAACCUGCAGUUGUCAAAGGAAGAAGCCUGAAAGAAGUUAACGCUGAUUUGUUUGUUCACACGCAUGAACCCAAUCCUCAACUUUAACUUGCUUCUAUUGAUAACAGCAGGUCGACCAUCAUCCGAUUAUGUCCAUUGAAUUAGUAGACAAAUAUUAUGUCAUGUCUAUGUCUAUGCCGCCGCCGGAACGAUUUAGGCUGUGCAAAAGUGAAAGCUAUCUGUUUUCGUUUUAAGAGUGUGGUUGCACGGUGCAGCUUUUCUUGUAACGCAAUUAUACUUAUGAAGCGUUUUCGAAAUAUUUGUACCAGAAGACAUCCGUGAGGACAAAAUAACGCUAUAGAACACACAAAGUGUCCAUGUCGCUGUAUCUCUUUAAAGUAGAAUUGCAUCGCAAGUUGCACCGGUGCAUCUAUAGCUACAAGCAUUUGCAGGGAAAUUUCCAAAGCGCAGACUCAUAGACCCAGACUCGUUAUGCAUAAUGACGUAACAGGCCGUGACGCCUGCGAAGAAGUCUGGUCUUUCUAUUCACUGCAGGGAAUUUAAACUUCAAAAUUUCCCGCCCUGACUACUAAGAACGGAUUUCUUGCAGGCGCCACGGCUUGUUACGUCAUUAUGCAUAAGGCCUAUUGCAAAGAUCGAUCCAGUUGUAUUCCAUUCUCACUGAGAAUUGUACAUGGCUGAAAAAUAUAACAAAGAUUUCAAACGUUUUGUUAUAAUUUUCAGGAUUUUUGAUAGCGAGGCUUGAGAAUAGCAAAUAAUAUACAAGAAACUGCUUGGGAUGUGUAAAAGUUAGAUUUUAUUA